GCUAUAAAAGUGAACGUUCUGAACGUGGGUUACAGAGUCUACUUCGUUCCAAUACGCAUCCUUGAAUGAUUAUUUUUACGGAGUCAGUGUUUGGAAUUCACGUUUCAAAACAAUCAAAUCAAUAUACAAAGAAUGACAAAAUUCAGCACUGAAUGUGUCCAAGCAGGCCAAGAAACCCCAGAAGGGGCAAACAAUGCUAGAGCAGUUCCUAUCUACGCAACUUCGUCCUACGUUUUCAAGGACUCUAAGCAUGGUGCAGACUUAUUUGGUUUGAGAGAACCGGGGUUCAUCUACUCCAGAAUCAUGAACCCAACUCAAGAUGUUUUUGAGAAGAGAAUAGCAGCAUUGGAAGGCGGUUCAAUGGCCGUUGCCACGUCCUCUGGUCAAGCCGCCCAGCUGUUGGCAGUUUUGGCUGCUGCCCAAAGCGGUGAUGAAAUUGUCUCCACUUCAUUCUUGUACGGGGGUACUUACAACGCUUUCAAGAACUUCAAGAAAUUGUUCAACAUCGACGUCAAGUUUUCAGAUGGUGACGACCUGGAAUCGCUGAAGUCCCUGAUCACCGACAAAACAAAGGCGGUCUAUUUGGAAUCCAUUGGUAAUCCGAAGUACAAUAUUCCAGACUUCAAGGCAAUUAGUGACUAUGCGCACUCCAAGGGUGCUGCAGUCAUCGUUGAUAACACCUUUGGUGCUGGUGGCUACUUUUGUAGACCUUUGGAUCAUGGUGCCGACGUUGUCACUCACUCUGCCACCAAAUGGAUUGGUGGUCACGGUACCACCAUCGGUGGUGUUGUGGUUUACAAGGAUCCAGCAAAGGAUAACGGCUUCAAAUUCUCCGACUGGCCAGAAAAGUUCCCACAAUUUUCAAAGCCUUCUGAAGGUUAUCACGGUGCAAUCCUGAAUGAAAAGUUUGGGGAAUUUGCUUAUAUCGCCUAUGUCAGAGUCGAGUUACUCAGAGAUUUAGGACCAUGUCAAAACCCAUUCGGUUCUUUCCUCUUAUUACAGGGUUUGGAAACAUUAGCAUUAAGAGGUGAAAGACAUGGCUCCAACACAUUCAAAUUGGCCCAAUGGUUGGAAAAUUCUCCAUAUGUUGCAUGGGUUUCAUAUCCAGGUUUGGAAUCUCAUCCAUACCAUGCGAACGCUAAAAAAUAUUUAACGAACGGUUACGGUGCUGUCUUGUCCUUUGGUGUCAAAGAUGUUCCUAAUCCAACCAGUGAUCUCUUCAAAGAAGCAGGUCCUCGUUUUGUUGACGAAUUGAAGAUUUUUUCAAAUUUGGCCAAUGUGGGAGAUGCAAAGUCGUUGAUCAUCAACCCAUGGACUACCACCCACGAACAGCUCUCUGAUGAGGAAAAGAUUGCAGCUGGUGUUACCAAAGACUUACUCAGAGUCUCGGUCGGAAUUGAAGAUAUCGACGAUUUGAUCGGAGACUUCGAACAAGCAUUCGAAAAAGUUUACGGUAAGAAAUAGAUAAUUAUCUUUGUUAAUUAAGUACAUAUUUACCUCUCCUAAAAUGUUUGAUUUUUGCUGGCAAUUACCGGAUGUAAUGGCGAUCCUUUUGUUGUAGUCAGCUGAAGUACAGGUAAAGUUAUUUUUCCUGUUC